CCCCAGGCCUCGGCCUCAGCGUUCACGUUCAGCUCUAGGCCUCCAGCUUGAUGCGAACUCACAUGCCAGUUCAUGGGGACGGUGAAUUCACACCGCCAAUCGCUUCAGUUGAGCCCAUCGCAGUGCCGAGUGUGUUGCCGCAUCGCUCUUUGAAACUGGCCGAGGUGCCGUUACGUGCAACAUGCUCUGAGCAACUCCCGGAAUCUCUAAACUGACGUAGCUGGUUCGUAGGUAUAUACGAUCGAUAUUAAGAGAUAUUAUCUGGGCGUAGUUAUGCUCCUAAUUGUGGUCGAUCUGGUGCGUGACUAUUAAUAAUGGUGACAUGAGGCCAACACCAAGCAUACGGAUAACCCCUUCCGUCAACCUUCUGUCCUCGUUACUCCGCACUCUUACCGCACUCGUUCAGUACCUCGCCCAGUUCGUCCACCCGCCGCCAGCUACAAUCAAAAUCAGAUGCUUCUCUUAGGUUUACUUCGCUCUUGGCAAUCUGUUGCAUUCAUUUUAGUGUUAUUGCUCUCAUCACUUAUCUCGGUUGAUGCAUAUUUUAUAGUGAACCAGCCUGGAUCAUCUACAUCCUGGAAAAACGGUUCCCCUUAUCCGGUCUCAUGGACGCUUGGCUUGCAGGAUGGCUUUGACACCUUCGAUAUUGAGAUAACCCGGCUUAGUCGAGGUGGGAUCUAUUUUGUAGCAAAAGAACUGCCGGUUACUAUGAGUAGCCUCAAUGUUGUUCUCCAAGAUGUACCAGCAGGCGACGACUAUUUUCUUAUUUGUAUCAACUCCACCGCUGGCGUUACCUACUCUGUUUCCUCUCGUUUCUCAGUUGUAGACGCCAAUGCCACAGGGAGCAACCCAAGCCCCGCUUCAGCCCCAACAGUUACCGUUAGUGGGGUACCCAACCCUCUCUCUCAGUUUGCGCAGACAUUCGGACCUUCCACGAAUGGCGUUCCACACCCGGGAUGGUCCGGCAUCAGGAACCAGGUCACAGCCAUUAGUGUGGCUGUGGGAGCUGCAUUGAUUGGGGGCGUCAUGAUACUCUACUAAUUUCUCCCUCAGUUCAUUAUGGACUAUUCCCUUAUGUUCCCGAUUUCAUGGGCGGUCAAAAUUAUUGUAGGCAAUCGACCGGACAUUUCAUUUACAUAAACACACUCCUUCGAAAUAUGUACUCCACAGUUCACCCUAUCCUACGUAGUUGGCUCUUGUAGUGAUCGAUUUUCUAGUUGUUGAGAUCGUAUGCCCUAUUAACUGGUAUCGCGCAACAAAAAUGCAAUAUAUAAGUUAUUCGCGCGCU